AUGAGACGCUCGAGCACAGACGAAACUCCGUACCGGCGCAGUCCGUCUCUGGACAGCAAACCCGACACGCCGCCGUUCACCUCUGGCUUCCACCGCUUCAGUGGGGAGUUUGAGUACAAGCGGCCGCCGUUUGCGUUUGGCUUCCACACGACAAAGGGGCCGCAGACGUCCAAGGGGCGCUAUGCCCAGGGGAAGAAGUAUGUGGUGUUUUACCUGGACCUCUCCUUCAUAUUCCUCCUAGAACUGCGGCGCUGCAGGAUGGCUGAGGGUUGCAUGAUGGCCCUGCGAUAUGGAAUGGUCUUCUUCAACCUCCUUUUCUGGUUGGGAGGAUGCGGCAUCCUGGGGGUGGGGGUCUGGCUCUCAGUGACCCAGGGAAACUUUGCCACCCUGUCAUCAUCCCUUCCCUCCCUGUCGGCAGCCAACCUGCUCAUCGCUGUGGGGACCAUCAUCAUGGUGAUUGGCUGUCUGGGGUGUGUGGGAGCUGUCAAAGAGAGCCGCCCUCUGCUGCUGACGUUCUUCAUCCUCCUCCUGCUCAUCUUCUUCCUGGAGAUUCUGUCCAUCAUGCUUUUCUUCAUCUACCAAGACGAGAUUGAUCACUACGCCCAGAGGGAUCUGAAGAAGGGCCUGCAGCUCUUCGGCACAGAGGGCAACGUGGGCUUGACCAACGCCUGGAUGAUAGUACAGACUGACUUUCGCUGCUGUGGAGUGACCAACCACACCGACUGGUUUGAAGUGUAUAAUGCCUCCCGCGUGCCGGACUCCUGCUGCCUGGAGUACAGCGACAAUUGUGGCCUGGACAACCCAGGAACGUGGUGGACGGCGCCAUGCUACGAGCGGGUGAAGGACUGGCUUAAUGAGAACCUGGUGGCACUUUGGAUCUUUGCUCUAUGCACAGCACUUACUCAGAUCCUGGGCCUGGUCUUCUCCAUGACGAUGUUCUGUCAGUCAGUGAAAGUAGAGACCUUCUACGCCUAGCGAUCGACCUCUGUGCCCUUCAGCACACUUGGAUUGUUUCUCAUCAGAGAGGGACAAAUAUAGACCCAUCCUCCUCCUCCUCCUCCUACUCCUCUUCCUCCUCCUCCUACAGACUCUUCUAUCCAACGCUUGUCCUCUCUGUGACAUUCCCUCUCGGAUGUCACCAGUUCACAGUUUUUCUGCUAACUAGCAACAAGCACAGUGUCAGUGUAAUACCUGAGUUUGUUCCUAUGGUUUGCUCUGUGUCAAAAGCUAAUUCCUGUGAUACAUUUUAUGAAGCAGUAUUAUGAACGUGUAUAAAAAAAGUGUAACCCUUUUUUCUUUGUUUUUUAAAAUACGUGUUCUGUUUUAAGUUAUUUUAUGGUUUGUACGUGUUUUCAAAAUGAGAGCAACAGUUGGGAAAGUGCACAGUGUGAAGUGCUGCAAGUGCAUGUGUCCUGCGAUGGUGUGUAUUAAAUGUUUUGGCUCGA